AUGUCUCUAAUGCUUUACCGAAGCCUCUUAAAGCGUUCGCUGCGGAUAGAUGCGCUUAGACAACGAUUCUCCUUUUCGUCUGCGUCGUACACGCCUCCCUACCUCAUAUGCGGCGAAUCUAAGGAUUCUGGAACUCUCGUCUUCACUAAUCUUGGUAACUCUGAGGUCGUGACUUCAAAAAAGAGAGUGCCUUCUGAGUUGCUUGAAGCAUCAGGAACAAUUGGAGCAGCCCAUGGAUGGGUGGCUACAUUGAAGGACGGUCUCUUGUCUCUCCACGACGACCUCAAUCCAAAUGCAUCCGACUCAAACCCCAAACGGAUUUUACUACCACCUCUUGUAACUCUGCCUGAUUGCCAGACUGAAGUGGUUACUAACGUGGCAAUGUCCUCUUCUUCUCCUGAGGAUGACGACUUUGUUGUGGCGGUGAAGUUCUCAGGACCUCAACUUAGCCUAUGUAGGCCAGCUCAUGGCCCCAGCUGGACCAACAUAAGAGUUACAGACCACAGUUUUUUCACUUCUCGUGUCAUCUUUUCGAAAAGAGAUCAGAUGUUCACCUUGCUCGCUUCUGGAGGCCACCACACAGGAUCUUGGGAUCUUGACAAGCACAAGGACAACCCCAAGUUGCAGAAGUUGAAUUUUCAAAACCUUCCCUCAUUCACGAAAACUGUAGCUGACCUUAUUGAUUCAUCUUACAGCACUGAACACUUGGUAGAGUCAUCAGCUGGCAUAACUUACCUGGUCAAGUGGUACGUGCAUAGCACUGCUUCUGAUGAUGAUGAUGAUGAUGAUGAUGAUGCAAGGGAUGUGAAAACGAAAGAAUCUGCCAACACCUCAAACGUCUCAGAAAGUCUCUCCUUCAAGGCACCUUACCUCAUUCCUCCUCAAAGACUAGAUCAUAGUUUGCAGUUGGGUAACUAA